UCUGUAAAUCCUGAGAGGAUAUGUUCUGCCUCAGGUAUUGUCUCCGAAACAGGUGCACAGCAAUGCAUUUUGUGUACUGAUUUUGGUUUUUAUAUCCAGUGCUUUCAAGCUUUAAAUCCUGAGGGGAUAUGUUCUGCCUCAGGUGUUGUCUCUGAAACAGUUAUCAUAGCUCAGUUGAAUUUGUUGAUAGUAAUUUGUGAUAUUAAUAUUUAUAUACAGGAUUAUGUUAAACUGUUGGAAGAAAUUUUAUCUUCUGGAGAUACUAGUGCUGGUGAUAAACUUGCUAUAAUAGCUGAAAGAUUGUCUCAUAAUUUUGAUAGCUUUAUUGGUUCUUCAAGUGCACAACAGUUUUGGAAUAACCUAAGAAUUAAAGAAAAAAAAACUUCUACUAACACAAAAGAAAUUGUAUUACAAGAAAAAGAGAAACAAAAUACAUAUCAAAUAAGGUCUAAUAUGAUAGAAAAAAAUAUUCAAUCAUUAGCAAAAAAAAGAAAGAAUAUGGAUAGUUCUGAGAAAAAACAACAGACAAAACAAACAUCAAAACAAAAUAUAGAUAAGCCAUUACUUAAUGACAAAUCAGAGACAGAUUUAAAUGAUAAGCAAGAUUUUGAUAAAAAUGAAGUGCAUAGUGUAAACCCUAAUACG